AUGUGCUCGCUCUUUCUAAGAUUUUGAAAAGUUCUAGAACACGGAAAUACAGCUAACACAGAUUGGUGCCAUCUCAUUCUCUCACUGUAUCUCUUUGUAGCUGAAUUUUUCAAAAAGAGAUUCUCUAGCUUUAUCAAUAUCUUCAGGAAAAGAGAAGAAUUUUAAUAAUAUUUGACUGUAAAUUCCAUGUAAACUUCGGACUGGAAAGCAAAAUACUCGGAAAAGGGGAAAUAAGAGAACCACUAGAGCUCUUGUAGAAUCAGAAGAGAGGCUAACAGAGGCAGGGACUACCUUAGGGGAUUUCUGAAAUGUAGUCCAGCACUUUCAGAGGCUAAAUUCAAAAACUGGAAUCUCAAAGUGGAAGAUCUUUUGGCCAAAAUAUCAGCCAAACUGCAAUCGCCAGCUGAAAUUAUGUAUAUUUAGGGAAGUUUGUGAAACAGAAGGUAAAAUUAAUUUGAAGUAUAGGGAUUUGUAAGGAAUCAAAAUUAGAGGUUUUACCUAUUUUGAGAGUAAGGAUUGAGUGAAGAGUGAGUUUUAGAAAAUCGCCUAUUUUUAGGGUUAGAUAAAAGGUUAGGAAUGAUAUUAUAAAGAAUUUGAGGUAGGAAUUGAAUUUGACACCUUGUUAUAACAGUUAGGGCAGAUUUUUGAGAAGUUUGAAUUGUGUUAAAAUUUUAGGAUUAGGUAUGUUUGAUCAAAUGAAGGGAAGACGAUAAUGUCUUACUUAUUGAAUAGUAGCGAACUUUAAACUAUGUGAUUAUCUAACUUACUCAUCUAUUAGCGUAAUCCUUGAAUAAUAAACUCCUGAUAUUUAAAAGCUUUAAAAUAUCUAUCAGAUUUAAUAUCUCCUCUAACCUGCUAUUGAAACAAAAUAUCUCGAAAUCUCUACCUCAGUGUGGCAAAUGCAACAUGAGCAUCUCAAAUAAGCAGAAACCAUUGAUAAUUUAUCUUCUAAAAGAUUAAUUUUGCAAUAGAUUUGAUCCAGCCACUCAAUUUGAAACAUUUAUGAUCUAAAAUAAGAUAAGUUAAC